AUGAGUUCGCAUCGGCACCAUACCAGGUGGAGGGCGGUUGUAUCAUCUGCCCUGGUGCCAACUGCUGUUGUUUUUGCAAUCCCUGGGCUUGCGGAGAAUUGGUAUCAGCGAAAAGGUGCAACCAGCGAAACCAAGACUGAUCCCGUGCUUCUCAUCAUCGGCCAAUCGUUUGGUCUUUUCUUCAAUGUUCUGGCAUCCGUCCUACUCCUUUUCUGCAUAAACGGCUCUGAAACCAUGAUCAUUACAAGCUCGUGUAUCGGCUCCCUCGGCAUUGCUAUCCUACUGGAUCUAGUGUGCUUAAGCAUAUUUGGAACAUCCCAUUCGAACGUGGAGCAAGAUGGCUAUGCACUAUCUACUGCUUACUAUUUGACAUUGUCUUCGGGGAUAAUGUCUCUCAUAGCGGCCCUUCUGAUGACGGUCGAUGCUCUGAAGCACGAUUGGGUCCCGUAUGGGCGGGGAAAGCUUCUCACACAGAAACAAAGAAGACUGGCGAUGAGGACCUUCCAUUUCAUGGCCUAUCUCGCAAUCGGUAGCAUUGUAUUUAGGUACCUUUUGGAUAUUUCAUACCUGGAUGCCAUCUAUUUUGUCAUGUCAUCAUCUCUCACGGUUGGUUAUGGUGAUAUAGUACCAAACAACACAGCAGCCAGAAUAUUCUCGUUCUUUUAUUUCCCAUUUGGCAUCAUCCUCAUCGGUAUCAUUGUCUCCUUGAUCCGAGGCACAGUCUUGGCCAAUGCAAACACUCGACUCAGGAGGCGGAUACGCAACGAGCUACAGAAUCCUCGGAUGCAAGAGCGACUCGCCAACAUCCAACAUUGGGCUAAGGCUGGAUCAAGCAGUGCCCAAUUUGCCGGCAGCAAUCAAACACAACAACCUGUGCAAAGCCCCACCCGGGAAUUGAAUUCCUACUUCGAUUCCCUCCGAGAGGCGAUAAAGGAAGAUGCAAUGACGGAUCAUAGAAUCGAAAUAUUCUUGUCCUUUUCGUCAUUUAUCAUUUUCUGGGUGGUUGGAGCGGUCGUGUACAUGAUUCUAGAAGGCUGGGACUUCUUUGCGGCUUUCUACUUCACCUUCGUGACCUACUGUACCAUUGGAUAUGGGGAAUAUUAUCCACGCACACCCGGAGGCCGAGCAUUUUACAUUGGAUGGGGAGUGAUGGGAAUCAUCAUCCUCACUAUCCUUUUCUCUUCGGUGGCAGAAGCUUGGACUGUCACAUUUUCGGACAUACUGCGGAAGCGAGUCAUGCGCCACCAAGUCAAAGCGGUGACCCGCGAAAAUGAUCACGAAGCUGGGUUUGCCCUCAAUGGGAGGCAGCACAUACAAGAAAAGCAGGAACACCCCCACUCAACCGAAGCCCAUGCCGGAGAAGCCAUUCAUGAUACUCAAGUGGACGGCAAUAAUGCUGGAAGAGAUACUCUCAUGCAGAUUUUCAGCCAAGACCUUCGUCACUUCCUCGAUGAGUGCGAGCAAUUCUUUGAUCAUUUGGUGAACGAGGAUGCGGAGGCGAUGCGACAAAGUCUGAUGAGAAUUAUUGUUGAGCACGACCGCAUAGAAGAUGAAGUUGCCUGGGUUAUCGUCGAUCAAGAUAGCGACGAGGGGAUUGAGAAACUGCUUCUAAAGCAUGCUCAAAGUGAGUACCGAUACAGUUCUCAACCUAGAUGA